UCCUCUCCUCUCCUUCUCCCUCCUCUCUCUCUCUCUCUCUCUCUCUCUCUGUACAAGGACAGGGACAAGGGCUAAGCUAGGACAGAAAAACCGGAUUCAAAUCGUCGAGCUCUUUCUUUGUACUAGUAAUAAAUUGUUUUAUAGUCUAAUCUAAGUGUAGUGAUUUUGAUUUUUGAUUCGGAUUCGGAUUCGGAUCCGGAUCCGGGUAAAGAAGAAUGACGACGACGAGUAUUAAAUGUCCGAGCAAGUCAAUAAUCUACAACACGAGCAGGUGCGCGUGUCCGACGGGGCAGUUUCUGAACAUCACAACAAACAGCUGCUCGUAUUUCUGGGGACGGUCUGCCAUAUACACGGACACGGGUGUGGAGGUGGACAACAGCUUCGGCUUUUCGUUUCCAGAAACCAUUUUCUCAUUUGAUUCAAUCAAGAAAUUCACUCAGUCUCAGGCUGUUUUCUUGGAGGCGACGCUUGUGAUGGUUGCUUCUUGGCUUUUGUUUUGCUUCUUCUUGAGGUUUACUAAGCUUGAACAUCAUGGAACCCACAACAUAUGGUUCCGUAUUAGGUGGUGGAUUAGUCGCUUGGACAUUUGCUUUGCUACCCGGCAUUGGCUGGAUGAUCGAAAGGUGGUUGUAAAGCGGAAAACAGAACUUGGUGGAGCCUUCUCAAUAGCAAGUUGGAUACUUUUCAUCGGGUUGUUUGCUACCCUGCUUUACCAGAUCAUAUCAAAGAGAACAAUUGAGGUGCAUAAUGUGAGAGCAACAAAUGCACCCGAUUUGGCCGCCUUCGUUAAUGACAUGGAAUUUAAUAUAACCACUGUAUCCAGUAUGAGCUGUUCAAACUUGCAAGGACUUGGUACCUUAGUUACCGGGAAUCCAGGUUUUAUUGAUCACAGAGUUGCCCCCCUUACUGACUUUGUGAACUACACAUGCCGAAACACAAGUAUGGGCCCAACUCUCACUUUUAAGUGUAGCAAGUGCCACUUGAAUAGAGAUUAUAUGUAUAUUUCGUGGCAGUUUGUUGAUCUUCCAAGUACUCCUGCAACGGCUGUUGGUUUUCAGUUCAACCUUAGUGCAAAAGAUCAUGCUGACAAGAAACAUGUGAGUUUUGUUAGCGGCACACUAAAGAGUGGAAGCACUUUUGAUGAUAGACCAGUUACAUUCAGGGGAAAGGAUUCAAACAUACUGAAAUUUAAUCUGUUUCCUCGAAUAUACCAUAACCUACAUGAUCUAAGGCUUAUCCAACCCCUGUUUCAUGAGUUUCUUCCGGGUUCGUUCUUUGGGGAGACAAGUCAGCUCCAAGCUUCCCUUGAAACUUCUAGUGAUGGACUAAUCAACACUACUCUCUCAAUUAGCUACCUAUCAUCAUAUAUAGUUGAGAUCGAAAGCCAAAACAUAAUGGGCCCUGUAAGCUUCUUAGCGGAUCUUGGUGGCCUAUACUGCAUAAGUAUUGGCAUAUUUUUCUACUUUUUGGUGCAAUGUGAAUACAGAGUAAAAAGACUUCGGAAUGAAGAUGUCACUAUGCGACAGAUAAGAAAUCGGUUAAAAGCUCGAGAACACUGGGACAAGUUGAGGAAAUAUGUAAUGUACACAUGGGGUUGCAAAACAUUGGAUAACGACUACGAAAGCACUAAACAAGGAUCAAGUUGUACUGGCUUCAUGAUUCCCUCUAUUCGUGGAAAUGGAUCACUGCAUGGAAAUAAAUCAUCUAGGAAGAAAUUGCAAAAUAGAGAGGACAGUGUCUCGUUCAACAGGAAAGUCAGCAUACCCAGUGAAAAGAAUUCCAUUGCAGAACAUACUUGUACCCAGGGAGUAAAACCUUUUAUAGCAGAAUCUGUGUUGAACUCAGAAGAGAGAUUGUUGGAUUCCAGGGAAGAGCAUCCUCCCAAAGGAGAAGUGCUUAUCUCUUCAAAUGAUAGGAAACAGCAUUCAGUUGGUUUCUAUGAGGGAGGUGCUUCUAAGCCUCAAGCAUAUUCUUGUGAAGAUGAUGAUGUCAUCCCCAUUCCACCUCCUCUAGAAUUCAAUGCUGGAUCUGAAGUAGAGAUGUCUGAUAUCCUGAAGAAUCUCCAUCGUUUGCAUGACUACAAUGUUAUGCUGAGAGAAAAAUUUCUCGCCAACCAAUCUUUACUACACGCUUUAGCAUCCAAGUCAACUUCAUUAACCAAUGGCUGAACGUAGCUCUUAUGAAGCAAGCACGAGGAAUUAUUCCACUCUAUUAAGAGAAACUCAUGGAGUUGUUCUGGUAAGGGGAGUAAUAUCUAUGAAUAUUUGUUUGUAGGCAGAAAAAAUUAUAAACCUAUCCACCAGAGUAUGCAGAUAAAUUUUUCAGGCAAAACCGGAACUCAUUUCAAGGCUGCGGCUUCAUGAAUAUUCAUGUAUCAAUGGGAUUGAUUUCGUCUAGGAUCAAAACGAUCAUCAUAUCUGACGGUACAUGAGAGUGGCAUAUCUCAUGGUAUGCUUUGAGGUUAUAGCUUUCUUUUUCUUACUGGGGACAAAAAAGAUUCUUGGUUGCAGAUAUAUUUUAUUGUACUCGUGCAAAAUCAUGCUAGGGUUUCCUUAUUUUUGUAUAUGGCAGAGACUGCAAAGAGGGAGAUAUGAGGGGCUGAUGGUUGGUUACUGACUAGGUUGCCUUGUAUGCUUGUUGUUGUCCAAAUUCUGUAUAAAUUCUGUUCUCAAAGAUAAUUAUUGUUCUUACUUUU